AUGGACAGGCUGUUCGCUUCGUUGCUGCUUCUUUCAACGCUAGCAACGGUAUUCGGGUACUAUGUCCCCUGCUAUGGACCUAACUGCGAAUAUUACCAUAAUGACUACCCGACGACGACCGAAGCCACUACUCCAGCGUCAGACGACCCCGAAACACCGCCAGGCUGGACUUAUCCCUGGUACUUGAGCACAACACCAUCCACUCCAAUUUCUGAUACUCCGGAAACCACAACCUACGUACCUUACUGGCUGUACUAUCGUCCAAGAAGGACUACAACUACGACGCUCACCACCCCGAUUUCUGAAACUCCUGAAACCACUACUCCUACAACUCCGAUUUCAGAAACUCCAGAGACUACCACCCAUACCACGCGUCACCAUCAUCACCCCUACUGGCACCAUCACUUCAGGACAACGACCACUACCACUCCUACCACUCCGAUUUCAGAAACGCCUGAAACUACCACCCAUACCACGCGUCACCAUCAUCACCGCUAUUGGCAUCAUCACUUCAGGACAACGACCACUACUACUCCUACCACUCCGAUUUCAGAAACGCCUGAAACUACCACCCACACUACGCGUCAUCAUCAUCAUCCCUAUUGGUAUCAUCACUUCAGGACAACGACCACUACCACUCCUACCACUCCGAUUUCAGAAACGCCUGAGACUACCACCCACACUACGCGUCAUCAUCAUCACCCCUAUUGGUAUCAUCACUUCAGGACAACCACCACUACCACUCCUACCACUCCGAUUUCAGAAACGCCUGAAACUACCACCCAUACCACGCGUCACCAUCAUCACCGUUAUUGGCAUCAUCACUUCAGGACAACCACCACUACCAUUCCAACCACUCCAAUUUCAGAAACGCCCGAGACUACCACCCACACUACGCGUCAUCAUCAUCACCCCUACUGGUAUCAUCACUUCAGGACAACCACCACUACCACUCCUACCACUCCGAUUUCAGAAACGCCCGAGACUACCACCCAUACCACGCGUCAUCAUCAUCAUCGCUAUUGGCAUCAUCACUUCAGGACAACCACCACUACUACUCCUACCACUCCGAUUUCAGAAACGCCUGAGACUACCACCCAUACCACGCGUCAUCAUCAUCACCCCUAUUGGUAUCAUCACUUCAGGACAACCACCACCACUACUCCUACCACUCCGAUUUCAGAAACGCCUGAGACUACCACCCAUACCACGCGUCACCAUCAUCACCCCUAUUGGUAUCAUCACUUCAGGACAACCACCGCUACUACUCCGAUUUCCGACACUCCUGAGACUACAACCGUAACGCCGUACUGGUUUUACUGGAGAACGACAACGCCAACUACGCCGAUAUCUGACACUCCAGAAACAACGACGAUUACCACAACCAGGCGUCAUCGGAACCUGCAUGAAAAGUCUUUGUUUAUUGGUUCGCCAAACAGUGAAAAGUUUUUCUACUUUCAAGAAAACAGCCCUCUUCGUUUCCGUAGCAACGUGCUCUUCAGGGAUGACAAACACCUGGAGAUCGGCGGUUUCAGAGUUGGACAUCCAGAUUUUCCCGUUUACGUUGCUAACGAUGCAAUACAUCACUGA